GAAUCGCCGGAAGUGACGCAUUGGCAGGUACACGUCAGAGAGAGAGAUGGAACAGCUGGAAGCGUUUCUAAUCUCAGUUUUUAUUGUAAUUUAAAGUGACCGCGUUUUGUGAUCAUGCGUUAAAAAAGACAGUUCACCGUCACUUUGUGUUCAGAAGCGUUUAUACGGUUUGUGACACAGUCCUGCUGCAGCUCUCUACAGCUUCACACACACCAUGGACUACGAGCUAGAAGAAGAUAAGCUUGGGAUUCCCACAGUUCCAGGGACAGUGACACUGAAGAAGGAUGCUCAGAACCUGAUAGGAAUCAGUAUAGGGGGUGGGGCUCAGUACUGCCCCUGUCUCUACAUUGUACAGGUGUUUGAUAACACUCCAGCAGCACUGGACGGGACGCUAGCAGCAGGUGAUGAGAUCACUGGAGUGAAUGGAAAACCAGUGAAGGGCAAGACCAAAGUGGAGGUGGCCAAGAUGAUCCAGGCUGUACAGGGUGAAGCAGUGAUACACUAUAAUAAACUGCAGGCUGACCCCAAACAGGGCAAAUCCCUAGAUAUCGUCUUGAAGAAGGUUAAGCACCGUUUGGUGGAGAACAUGAGCUCAGGAACAGCAGAUGCACUUGGACUGAGUAGAGCCAUCCUCUGUAACGAUGGACUUGUAAAGAAACUGGAGGAACUGGAGAAAACUGCAGAGCUGUACAAAGGGUUGAUGGAACACAGUAAGCGGUUACUCAGAGCGUUCUUCGAGCUCUCACAGACACACAGAGUGUUUGGGGACGUUUUCUCGGUGAUUGGUGUUCGGGAGCCACAGGCUGCAGCCAGUGAGGCCUUUGUGAAAUUUGCAGAAGCUCACCGUAACAUUGAGAAGUACGGCAUUCAGCUGCUUAAAACCAUCAAACCUAUGCUGCAUGAUUUGAACACAUACCUUCACAAAGCAAUUCCAGACACCAAACUGACCAUCCGCAAAUACCUGGACGUGAAGUUUGAGUACCUGUCAUACUGUCUGAAGGUGAAGGAGAUGGAUGAUGAGGAGUACAGCUGCAUUGCACUGGGAGAGCCACUGUACCGUGUUAGCACAGGGAAUUACGAGUAUCGUCUGGUUCUGCGUUGUCGACAGGAGGCUCGCUCUCGUUUUGCUAAAAUGCGUAAAGACGUUCUGGAGAAGAUCGAGCUGCUUGACCAGAAACAUGUUCAGGACAUUGUGUUCCAGCUGCAGCGGUUCGUCUCGGGGAUGUCACGUUACUAUGAUGAGUGUUACGCUGUGCUGAAAGAAGCUGAUGUCUUCCCCAUCGAGGUGGACCUCUCACGCACCACCCUCAACUACACCGGCCCAAACUAUGAGGAUGAGGAUGGAGAGGAAGAGCGAGAGGAGGAGAAGAGUGAACAGACUGAGAACGGAGCGGAGAAACUGAUCGAUGAUGAAUGAGUGAUCCUGAUGCAGAACGAGUGUAAAGUGUGUGUGUGUGUGUGUGUGUGUGUGUAUUGUUUCUGUUAUUGUCACACAUUCCUGCUGUUUGUGUAGAGAGGUAAUGAGCAAUCCUUCAUCAAUAACACUAAACAUUAAUCCCCAAAUCAGUCGGGACAUGACCUAAAUCCAUGUUGAAGCCCUUCAUUACUCACUUACUCAGUCACUCUGUCCUGCUGUAAUACACCACCGUCUCUCACAGCCUUCAUCACUCGGUCACUCAGUCACUCUGUCCUGCUGUAAUACACCACCGUCUCUCACAGCCUUCAUCACUCGGUCACUCAGUCACUCUGUCCUGCUGUAAUACACCACCGUCUCUCUCAGGUUAUUUCUUAUGCAGUUUCAGCUGCAUCAGUACCAUUGUUUUUUUCUUGGUUGCUAAUCUGUGCUGCUACUUAUCCCACCUCAUGCUGAGUUCUCUGUUAAAGCAUGGGCAUUAAAAUGAGAGUGUAGUGUAUGAGAGUAGCACCUUAAUGAUGAGAGGAACAGGAAGUGUGUGUCUGUGUUCAGAGAAAUGAAGUGCUCUCAGAAGUGUCCGCGUCUCCACACACCUCAUGUUCAUUUUACUGACCACACUGUUGGCAUUGCUCUGUGUGCUGAGGUCAGACUUCCUCACACUCCUCCGAUGUGGCUAUACCUCGACCCCUAGAGAGAGUGAUUUGGGACGUAGCCGAACUCACACUGCAGAAUUUGAAGUUUACUCUUUGCACUAAAAAGUUAUCAGUUGUGUUAAUGUGAGUAACUGAGGCGUGUGUAUCUGUGUUUAUUUUUAAGUAGGUUUGAAUGAAGAUGCGUUAAAUCCAUACGUUCAUCUCAGUCCUGCUGAUGGAAAUACAGUCCUAAAUAUCAGCCUGUUCUAGUUGAGAUGAUGUUAAAUAUGUUGUGUAUAUAUUAACCCAGAUGAGUAGCCCUUCUCUCCCAGUGACACAUGAGGAAGAGUUGAUUCUGUGCUGUUUGACCUGGACGUUAUGUCCAUUUACAGAUUUAGGACACUGGGUUAUCUAUUUCAAAACAUUUAUCCAAACAAAUAUUAAAGGCUUAAUUCAUCUUUGUGUGUGAAAAAUAAUCCGUUUUGUUUUCUUUUUUCACUCCUGUCCUGAUCCAUGUGACCUACAUGCUUUUACUUAUCUUUUUUUUCUUUAUCUUUAAAUCUUUUUCUGGACCUGAAUGUUGCAGGUGGUGAGAUGUUGCUGAAGUGGAAAAAACUACUGAUUUACUACUGAUUUAUAAAAACACUAAUGUGUAAGAAAUAAAAAAUAUUUAUGGCAAAUUGUGUCUUUGUG